CAAUUGAUAAUUCAGUUAGUGGUGAUACGUCAGCCGGUAUACCUGAAGACUUUUCCUAUUUUCAUAUAGAAAACUGUUUUUCUACUAAGGUGCUUCUAUUUAUCUAUGAUUGAGACUAUAAAGUGUGAAAAGAAACAUUGAGAGUGAACUUUGUGCUGUGCGGCAAAAUUUUGAGAAAAUUUAAUUUUUUUUACUAAUAUGACUGCAGACAUAACUAUGUACGAAAUUAUUCUGACUUAAUUUUUGUAUACUAAGUAUAAGCUAUAAGAAUCUAAAGAAGUAGGUAAAAAAGCAUGGUGCAUAACAGUGUGUGAUAAAAGUGAUAGUGUAAUAUGGAAGGCCAUGCUGAAUCCCGCUGCUCAAGAGCCAGCGACUCCCCUGGCGACACCAUGAACGAUGUGUAUGCGGCUUGGCAUGAAAUGCUAGAGAGCGAAGGCGCGGGCCUGGCAGCGCGUGUGGCGGAACUAGAAGUGCGAUGUUCGAGGCAGGCGGAGGAACUGCUGUGUCUGCGGUCCACCCUCGCUGAUGCUCUGCGAAGACUGAACGCGCUAGAAGGCAGAGCUCCCGCCACUUCUGGCGCACAGAGGAAUGGGACUACUUAUUCAGGAAACACAGGCACGCCCACACGUGAGCUAAGGAUCCGACAGCCAUCUUACAGAGAAAGCGUCAAACGUACCUCCAGCUAUGGCUCCAGCGCCUCCUCACUAUCACAAAGACGCGGUCCACAGCACCAAUCAACAGGGUCCCUGCAGUCGGAUUCGCCCGCAUCGUCUUCCUCUCUGUCGCCCGCCCCUUCACCGUCGCCCCGCGCGACCCCCGCGCCCCACACGCCACACACAGUACAACCUUACAGAUCUCGCAAUAACUCGACGUCCGCGUCGAGUCGGCAAGAGGUCCAGUCGCCUUCGCCCGCAGCCACCAGCCUCACCAAGAGGUGGAACUCCACGGGGGACUUCAACGCGCAGGGACUCCUGCCCAGUGCAAGGUUUACAACCACCAAGUCGUUGCUAAAUUUGUAUUCUAAGCAAUCGACGCAAAACGGAUCUAUUUUGAAACACGGCACCCACACCUGUCAGUACAAUGAAGAAGAUGGUUCCAUGAGGAUGUUCCUGCGGGGUCGGCCCGUAGUCCUAUACGCACCGAGUGACCUCGAGAACCUCGACCCUGCAAAGGUCGCCCCUCCACCUCAGAACAAACUCAAACUGGAGUGGGUUUAUGGAUACAGAGGCAAGGACUGUCGCAGCAAUCUCUACCUGCUACCCACGGGGGAGAUAGUCUACUUCGUCGCAGCGGUGGUGGUGCUGUUCAAUGUGGAGGAGCAGUGUCAGAGGCAUUACACGGGGCACACGGAUGACGUCAAGUGUAUAGCGGUGCACCCCAACAAGCUGGUCAUAGCCAGCGGGCAGUGUGCGGGACACGACCGGCUCGACGCCAGGCCGCACGUGCGAGUAUGGAACUCGGUAUCGCUGGCCACACUGGCAGUAAUAGGUGCGGGUCACAUGGAGCGUGCGGUGGCGUGUGUGACGUUUUCGCGCGCGGACGGCGGAACGCUGCUGGCCUGCGUUGACGACGGACCCGACCACACCAUCUCCGUGUGGGAGUGGCAGCGGGAGAAGCACUGCUUGGCUGAGACCAAGUGUUCGGUAGACACAGUGGUAGCGGCCGAGUUCCACCCGUUAGACCGCAACCAGAUCGUCACCUGUGGGAAGAGCCACAUCGCGUUCUGGACGCUGGACGCGUCGAAUGUGCUCUACAAGCGGAUGGGAGUGUUCGAGACACGUGACAAACCCAAGUAUGUUACGUGCCUUGGGUUUAAUCAUAAUGGAGACGUAAUCUCAGGCGACUCAAACGGCAACAUCAUAGUAUGGGGUCGGGGCACCAACACGAUACAGAAGCUAGUGCGAGGAGUGCACGAAGGAGCAGUGUUCUCCCUCUGCAGCCUGAAGGACGGUGGAGUGGUAACUGCGGGUGGCAAGGACGGAAGGCUGGUGCUGUUUGACGGCGAAAUCAACGCCACUGGCACUGAGAAUGUGAUCGAAGGCCACUAUGGCGGCGUGCGCGUGGUCGCGGAGGGCAGAGGGCGGCAACUAUUCGUUGGCACCACCAGAAACUGUAUUCUACACGGCGAUUUACAACUUGGCUUCGUUCCUGCUGUGCUGGGUCACGUGGACGAAGUGUGGGGUCUGGCCGCUCACCCCAGUCUGCCACAGUUCGUGUCCGCAGGCUGGGACCGACUGCUGCAGCUAUGGGACGGACUCAGCCAUUCCACUGUGUGGAGUAAGGAUAUUGAGGAGCGAGCUCAGUCAGUGGCGUGGUCGGGCGAUGGGUCAGUGAUAGCGGUGGGCUGCACGACGGGCAAGUGGCUGGUGUUCGACCCGCACUCCAGAGAUCUCCUCGCUGCGCAUCACGAUGGUACGGAACCCAUCCAAACCAUCCAGUACUCGCCAAACAACCAAUUCGUCGCUAUCGGGUCUCGGGAUAACUUCAUCUACAUCUACCAAGUGGACGACAACGGGUCUCGGUACUCCAGACUAGGGAAAUGUCUCGGUCACUCAAGUUACAUCACCCACUUGGACUGGUCGGAAGACAGUCAAUACAUAAGAAGCAACUCUGGGGACUAUGAAUUGCUGUUUUGGAACGCGACCACUUGCCGUCAAGUGCCGUCUCCCACCUCAAUGCGGGACGUGGCGUGGGCCAGCACUAACUGCCCCAUCACGUUCACCACCGUGGGCGUGUGGCCCGAAGGUGCUGAUGGCACCGACAUCAACUCUUGUACCAGGUCGCACGACAGCCGGCUGGCGGCGACCGGGGACGAUUUCGGCAAAGUGAAACUCUACGCAUAUCCUGUCACACAACCCAAGUCGCUGUGUCAAGCGUACGGCGGCCACUCGUCCCACGUGACGUGCGUGCGCUUCCUGCCCGACGACACUCGCCUACUGUCCGCCGGCGGGAACGACGCUGCGCUGCUGCAGUGGCUCGUCGACUAGACACAUCAUACUUAUGCCUAGACACACACAAACACACACACACACACGCAGUGGCCAAACACUACCGCUCAUAUGAUUCCUCAGAUAAAGAAUCAAGGCGGACUCGACAUCAAAACAAUAAGAGUAAGCUAAGUGUGUGGAAAAGCUGUGAACAAGAUAGCAAAGUUCAUUUUUGUUGCGAGUGCCUAGUUUGAACUCCGAGCAGGCGAAGGAUUCUGAGUUAGAAUCUUGAGUGUAGUGAGGGAUUCAAAGGCACAACAAAAAAAACUGAAACAAAAACUCUGCUAUUGUGAUACAUACAACUUUUCACCUCACUAGUUCAAAAAGGGCGCUUUUGCGGUCUAAACCAGUGAGCAAAAGUCGUUUUUGCUCACUCAGUGAGAAAAACUGUUGCACUUUUCUUGAGACAAAUUCUUCACCUUGAUUCUUUAUCUGAGCAUGAUUCAAUAGCAAUCGGCUGGGUUGCAAUGACAUUGAAUUGUUGUAAAAUCGUUGAGAAAAAACGCCUGUUAGCAUUUGAAUAAAAUAAGUAACGUUAUUCACAUUUGCACUAUAUAAUAAUGUGGUCAAUUAAAAACAACGUAUGUCUUUACAAAAAAGCACUGUAGGUCUGUUUUGCAUAUUUAUUGCUAAAUAAAUAUCUAAAUAGCGUUAAAAAACAAAUAUUUUGCUAAUUGUAAGAUUUUAAUUUAUAAAACUAUCAAGUCUUGAAAAACUUCGAUAACUUUUUACUUUUUCUUUAGUAUUACCUGCAAAGUGUAAACCUUUAAUUUUAAAUUUAUUACGCCAAAUAAGUGUUUAAUAUAAAACCUGGCCUAACAAAGAUUUGUACAAUAUACGUACAAAAAAUAUUUUUAUUUAUCGGUACAAAGUAUUUUUUAUUUUGGUCAGUAAGUACUCCAGUUCAUACCGAGCUUUAGAAAGAUAUGAAAUCGACAACUUCAAUAUCGUAAAGCGUCAGUCGUUGAGACUGACUAGUCAGCGGCAAAACGUAAUAUAAUGCAAUGUAAUGAGUAACAGAGACAACGCUCUACGAAGCUGAGGCUGCUAUCUCUUUCGAAAGCUCGAUGUACAGUCAGCAACAAUGCUAGGUUUGCAGUUUGCACCCGUUCAUAGUCGCUUGUACUGACAUGGCGCGUGCAAACCUAGCUUUGUUGCUGACUGUACCUAGUACCUAUAGAUAAUAUUUACUAUCGGGUACUGUGCUUUAUUAUUCAGUGUAUGUGUAUUGUGUAAGUUUAUUUAAAUAAUUAUUUGUCUGUACCAUCUCUUGCAUUAUUACUAAUUAUAACACCCCUCUUUUUAGGUCGGGGGUUAAAAAGUAAUUUGUCAGUACUAAAAAGUUAUGCCGUCCUUUACUGCAUAAAAUGUGAAAAUGGUAGCACUAUUUUUAGUAUUGUCAAUUUAUAAAGAUUUGAUUUUAUGUUCAUUGUUAGCUACAUAAUAUUUUGUUUUGUCUAUUUUAAUCUGUAUGUUCGUGUUUCUUACUAAAGGAGAUUUUAUAGCGCUCCUGAUGGUUUUGGGACUUAAAGCUUUAGACUUUCUUAGCGUGCCAAUAAAGAAACGGAUCGAAAAGUAUGGCGUUAAUCAUUUGAUCUCACUUACACAGUAUAUUGUGUGUAGUGUGAGUGAGAUAGAAUGAUUAGCGCUGCUUCGUUUCGAUUAGUUUCUUUAUUGAUAGGCGUUAUAAAGGCAGUAAACAUGAAAGAGGCCUAGUUCUAAACAAAAAAGCCUGGUUCAAUACUUGAGCUUCUCUUACAGCUAUUAUGAAAUGUUGGCUUAAAUUACCUUAAAAUUACAAAAAAAAAUGUGUUAGGCCACUUUUGUACUGACAACUUGAAUUUACUAAAAAAAAUGUAUACUUAUUCAACUAUUUAAAAUUUGUAAACCAUGUAUGUACGGUGUACCCUGAUCGUUAUCGAUCGAUUUUACUGUUUCGUCUUCACUUUAUUUUUAUUAUUUUAGUUGUGCAUGUUUAUUUUGGCUGGAUUGUGAGGUUGUGAUAGAAAAAGGGUCUGAAAGUGGUUUAAAUGUAAUACGCAAUCCGUCGAAUUAUGCUUAAAUAAUUUAGUAUUUAUAUUAUGGCAACACUGAGAAAAUAUUUUAGUACUUUUUACACUUUUAACAUUGUGAAUAAAGUUUAGCUUUUUAAGAUCUUUUUAAACGUAUAUUUAGUUAUAAUUUUAAAUUAUGUGGCACAUUUUAAUCUGUAUUCUGUAUUAUUUAUUUCAUAAGCUGAGCUGAUCAAAUAUUUUAUAACAGAUUAUGUUUUGAACUUUUAGUUUUUAAUUUAACUUUGUUUAUGAAAAAUGGCUAUUUGAAAUUCAGAAAGUGUUCAAAUUAGUCUUGAUAAAGGCUAUUUUUAUUUUGAUUUCUCUCAAGUAUUAUUUAUGUUUCUUUUUGUCGCACAAAACGAAAAAUAAAUUUUAGUUCUGAAGUUGAAAACAAAAUAUUUUUAAAUAUUUUUUUUUUCAUAAACAAAGUUACCUUUUUUUAAGAUACAAAAUAUAUUUUAAAGUAAUAUUAUUUGAAAGGCAACAUUCCUUAGUUGUAAGCGUGUUUUAAGUUUUUAUUAGUAACCUAGUCACGAAUUUGUAGUUUCAUUUCGAUAUUCACGUUAAUUUUAACUCUCAUAAGCACUAAUAAUAUUAGGUGUUUGUUGUAUAUACGAUAGUGUAAGGCGGCGUCGACCGUCAAUUUGAAUGUGCCUCUAAUAAAAACGAUGUUUAUUGAA